AUGUCACACUUCUACAGCACCCGCGCGCCGGCGAGUUUCGACGACUGCACCGACGUCUCGCCCGACUGCCCUGUGGGAGCCACCGUCCUCGGAUACGUCCCGAACCUGGGCUCCAGCAUCUUCUUCGCCAUUGCGUUUGGGCUGUGUCUUUUCGGCUGUUUGGGCUUGGGGAUCUGGAAACGAACAUGGACGUAUUGCGCCGCUAUCUCGGUGGGUGUGCUGCUUGAGUGUCUCGGCUACAUCGGCCGUGCCCUAAUGCACGACAACGUCUGGAACAAGAACGCCUUCCAGAUCCAAAUCUGCUGCAUCAUCAUCGCGCCCACCUUCAUCUGCGCCGCCAUCUACCUGACGCUCAAACACGUCGCCCUCGCCCUCAACCCAGAGCUAUCACGCCUCGCGCCGCGCUGGUACCCGCGGCUCUUCCUCCCCGCCGACCUGUCGUGCCUCAUCGUCCAGGCCAUCGGAGGCGGCGUCGCGGCGGCCGCGAGCAGAGAGGACCAGUCGGCGGCCGCCAACGGGAACCGCACCAUCAUCGCCGGCGUGGCGCUGCAGGUCGUCGUGUUGCUUCUGUUUGGCGUCAUGGGCGCCGACUACUAUGUGAGGGUGAGGCAGUACAUGCGCGGUUCGGACGUUGACCCUGCGGCGUUGAGUGUCUGGAGGGAUAGCAAGUUCCGCCAGUUCGUCUUCGCCGUAAGCGGCGCGUACUUCUGUAUCCUCACCCGGUGCAUCUACCGUAUCGCCGAGAUGGCUGGCGGCUGGGGCAACCACAUCAUGCAAGACGAGCCCAGCUUCCUCGUCCUUGACGGCAGCCUAGUCCUGGUCACAUCUGUGUUGUUGACUGUCUUCCAUCCAGGCCUACUAUUCCCGCAGAUGAGUACGGGACGAGGCAGCGCUGUUGUGGUGGAGACUGAGAAGUCGGGAGAGUCAUCUAAUGAAGGUGUCAAGGUUGAAAGUGCAUGA